AUGCAGAAAAACAUAGAUGCUACCAAACAGUAUUUUAUAUUUUCCAAUACUAUAGUAUAUGGUAGGACUACUGCUGAUCCAGGGCUGAUAAACAGAGCAACAGAUCAGAUUAAUGAAGCAUUUCCUUAUACUUUCUGCAGUACAUCUCCUCCUACACAAUUAAUAAUAGCAACUUGGAUAGAUCAACUAAAAGCCGGCACAAACCCAUUAAUUCUUGUAACUAAUGGAAGCAUUACAUUUGGUAUUGCUCUAUAUGUCGAUGUGAGCAUUACAACAGCUACUACUGGAAUAGAGUCAGCCAUUGGUGGUGUUUCUAUAGCGGCUGAUCCAUCUUUAUUUCCAUUUGGUACUGCUGUUAUGGAUGCUCCUAGCAUGAUGCUUAAUAGUACCAUACCAGGAACAUACAUAUUUUCACUGAAUCAUAUACCACCAGAUACGUGCAGUUCUGUCUGCUUUUCUUGUAAGGCCAGACUUUUCCAGUCAAUAUGUGAGAUCAGGAGGAUUAAUGGAGAAGAUGUACCAGCUUCUUGUAAUAACUAAUGACAUUCAAUUUAAUUGUGUUCUUUGUGAUUAAUAUAUAUAAUUACUGUAAGAGUUAAAAUAAAGUCAAUUUUAUAGUAGAUACUAGAUAUAGUUUUUUCAAACAUUAUUUUAUU